GUCGUCCGUGACAGCUGUGCUUCCAUAUAAAUUCUUUGAAUUCAAUUUUUUACUCUCAGUUAAUUUGGAAAUUUUCUCGAGACAAAGACACAAUGAAGUUGUUACUUCUUGCGGUCAUUGGCGUUCUUGUGCUGGUCCAGAAUUCUCUUGGCAUUCCUGCUGUUCAUUUCACUGUGGCCAAGCGAAGUGUUGCCGAUGGCAAGGAUAAUUUUAAAGCCAUGAUGGCUGAUGUUAAAUCUCGUGUCCAGGCAAAUGUCAAGGCCAUUCCCGACACGGAAGAUUUUGCGAAAUAUAAAAAUGAAUUUUCUGAGAUUUUAAAAGAAUUUGAUGAACCAAACGGCAAGGUGGUGUGCAGUGCCAAAAUGGUGGCCAUAUUGGAUAAGCUGUACGAAGCGAUUAACAAAGUCAAGGCUGAUGAUACUGAGAAUGCGAAGAAAAUUCUUGAAAUAGCCCGAGCCAAUAAGGAUGAAAAUUUCGGCACCAAUUUUAAGGCAGGUCUGGAAUAUGCAAGACAUCCGGAAUUGUUUGAAGAGGAAUAUUGUUAGAAAUUUAGCUGGCAAUAAAAAUAAAGAAGGAAAAUCAAAAAUUUACGAUUAUGACAAAUACUUGUGAUUGAUAUGGAAGUUUCCAGAAGGACCACAAAAAACAGAAAAGGCUAUUCUGCAUCGAAAUGAGUAUUUAAAAUCAAUAUUAAAAAAAUAUCUAUGUAUUAGCCGACUCAAAAAAAUAUUUUUAAAAAAAUUGUUUAAGACUUUUCG